ACUCCGUUGACUUCAUCAACAAAGCAAAACACUUUACAGUAGCUCAUCUCGGCAGAGUUGCCACUUUCGAAAGUUCUUGAUGUGCCAAACUGCGUCAACUCCCCGGCGACCAGCAUUUGCAUCGUCCUACAAAUUGAGAGCAUAGGAUACUCGUCUUUGGUUUGCGAGGGCUUUGAGAAAGAGUCCUGAAAGUAUCUCGCCCAUUUCCUGCAAGUCAUGGCUUACUCGCCGUCGCCGACUUCGCCCUUAGCGGGCCCUGAUAACGCUGUCUACUCACACCGUCGCUCACCAACUCCUCCAACCCAGCCUUUGUCGAAGAGAGACAAGCGAAGGAACCAACAUGUCGCUCACCAACAAGAGCUCUACAAUGAGCUUGCUUCGAACCGCGAGCAACAUUACCGAGAACAACUCAUUGCCCUCCAGACAGACAUGAACCUCAUUUCCCAAGCUGAUCCCUAUGACCCCGAACCUCUGGAAGACUCUCCAGAGGAGGUAGCCAGAAUUGCAGAGGUGGCUGCCUCAGGAACGCCGUAUCAGUCACAGAUGUCCUCACUGGCUGGUAAAUGGUAUGCGGAGUUCGUCCACGAGGUCAACGACGCCAAAGAAGCAAAAGAGCUGGCUCUAAUACAACUAGUGAACAACCACAACGCACGUCUUGAGAGACUGAAGUACGAAUGCGACUACCGACUACACCUCGCGGCCGAAGAAUGCGAACACAUGACCUCCACCCUGCGAGAAAGAUUGUUUCAGUCAUUGUCCAACAAGCGACAGCGGCUCAUGAAGGAAAAAGAGCAGCUGGAUAUUGCCGAUACCAAUGCCCUCCUCUUACACCCCAGUCAGUUUAGCAUCACCAAUCCUACAAGCCCUGGGGGCAAUCAUACCAGUCGCAAGACCCGGUUCACCAGACAUCGGGAGCAGGAAGACCUGAAUGGGAUCGGCGAAGGCAUGAACAAGAGGAAGCGCAAGGUUGCGGACGAGGACUUUGGCUCUCCGUCUCGCAACGGAAUGUCUACGCCUGCCGAACGCAGCCGAGGAACAGUAACGAACCAAACUGCGCCCUUGUACUCGAUCCACUCCCUAUUUACCGAGAAAGAGCUCAACUUCCAAUCUCACCAGGCGCAGAUCGCAGCUCGACACUUCUUCACCACAUCACGCAAAGAGGGCGAGACGAGUAACACGAGAAGACGUGGGAAAGAUGACGAUGAUAAGCGAGCUGGAUCUGACGAUACGGGAUCGUCCGAUGAAGAAGAGUUGGAAGCUCCCGAAAUGGAUCGGUCCGCCAGUCAAAAUGUGCAUGUGACAAGGUCGACUCGGACGAUUGGCGGCAUGAGUGGGUUGAAUGCGCUCAGCGACCUUGCAGAAAAGGCCGCCACGCGACCAGCCUUGCCCUACGCGACACUGCAUACGCAUCAAGGAAGACAAGGAACAUUCUUGCCCCAGCCAAGUCGGUUGCUGGCAGAGGAGCUGGAGGAGGACUUGCUCAAGCUGGCACAAAUCGAAUCACAACCCAAGGGACAAGUGGACAGGAAGGCUAUCGAAGAGGCACUCAAGCCGUUGUCAGAAUCACGGAGUAACUUGGCGCCAGAUUGGCCAGUGUAUCUCGACAUUCAUCUGGUGGAUGUUGACCCGAGAAAGACAGCUGGUGUAUGACCGAGGCUGUAACAGAGGGACCACUAUGACCCGGAGUAGACCAGGUUCAAGUUUUUGUACUGCCUAAGCAGGAAAGAACCCGGUGGUGCAGAGAUGAUCUACUCAGAUGUCACAUGGUAUUAUUGCAUUUUGCGGGAUCGACAGGGCUCUCCAUAAGUUAGGGCCGCUUUAGGCGACCUCAAGCUUCCAGGGCUCCCCCGGGGCUUUGCUUCUUCUCCUCUUUUGUUAGUCUUCCCCCGCACUUGUUGACCGCCACAAACACCCGCAAAGGCUCCAAUGCUCCCCCAUGAAAGCUCUUCAGGUCCAGCUAUUGAGAUCCACCAUAGCAUCAUGACCAUCAGCGACAUGCGCACCAGUAGCAAAGCAACCUUGUGAGAAUGUAACCAUGCUUUGUGUCCUCGGUAAGUCCAGGUGGUCAAGCUAUAAUAAACCCGUGUCCAAUCCG